AUUUAGUUUUUUUUUUGAGUUUGUUUUUGCGAUUUUGUUCAAAACAAUGAAGAAUUCCAAAACUGCCACAUCAACAACACCAACGAGCAACGGCAAAUGUAUGAUUGACAAAAUUGGAGACUCCGGUGGUCUGUUUGACCUCGUGGUUCGUCCGAUGUUCCAACAAGGCCACGAGGGUGAACUUUGUAGCUGGUUAAAAGAGUUCAGUCUUAUAAGGACGACGUCGGGGUGUCAGCAACCUGAAUGUGAAGGAAAGACAUUGACUUGGAACACAGCUCGAGUUAUUGACAGAUACACGUGGGUGUGUCCAACUUGCAAUAAAAAACAAUCUAUCAGAGAAGGCUCUUUUUUUAUGGGAGUCAAAGGUGACUUUAGGACAUGUCUCCAGCUUAUAUUGGCUUGGUGUCAAGAUAUUCCAUCAGAUAUUGCUGCUAAUAAUUUUGAAAUAAAAGAACACGUAAUAAAAAAAGUAUACGAAAGAUGUAGCAAAGUCGCUGAAUUUUAUGUUAAAUCACAUCCUGAAGAUUUCAAACUCGGUGGUCCAGGUCAUGUUGUUUUAGUUGAUGAAUUUCCUGGUGGCUAUAUGACAGACACGACUCCUGAUGUUACGACCACCAGAAAACGCAAUAAUAAUUCACAAACAAUUCUUUGUAUCGCCGAAGCAAGUCACUUACCUCCACGUAUUUGGUUGCAUAUAAUAAAAUCAUUACCUGAGUCCGCAAAAAUGAAAAAUAUCAACAAUAAUACUAAUACUAAUAAUAAUAAUAUUAGUAUUAAUAAUAAUAAUAAUAAUAACAACAAUAAUAAUAACAAUAAUAAUAAUGAACCUGGACAACAAAAAUGUGGAAUGAUUGAAGAAGCAAUAAAACAAAUAGUAAAUCAAGUCUUACCUGGAAGUUACGUCGUAGCAAAUUCACGAGCUCGUUGCUGUAAUUAUGAAUCACUCGUAGAUUUAAAGCAAUACGGAGUUUUUAGUAUCGAAUAUUUAAAAAAAUUUGAUGCUCCAGAUACUAAUAAACUUAUAAAUAAUUUAGCGACAAUAUGGCAAACUGGACUAGGAGUUUGUGAAGAAAUCCAAGAAUCAACACGCGCAGCAGGACAGCAAAUCAUAACAAAUUAUCUUUGGAGACAAAGGUAUGGAUCAGUAUCAUCAGUUGCCUUUCAAAAUAUGCUCAAUCAUAUUGUCGAGUGUUAUCGUUUCACUUGAAUAUUUUAAUUAUAAAAGAAGAAAAGAAAGUAAAAUAAUUUUUUAAGCAAUAGCCUUUUUUAGAGGCAUAAUUAAAUAAAAGUAAAAUUAAAAAUGAAUAAUAUUUUAAAAAAGUCUUCCAAGUGAGCUUCGGACGACGUUUGAGACUGACUCAAGUGCCUCUCGUAUAGCGAAUUGAUAUUUUAUUACGUCUGAGAGAUUAUUUAGUGAAAGAAAAGUAUCAAGUUUUAAUUAAGUAACAAGUUAUUGAAUAAUUAUUGGCUUUAUUAUCAUUAAUUAGUUCUGUUAACUAUUUAAAAUUUUAUAUUAUCAAACGCAAGUAAUUAUUAUUAAAAAAAACCGGUUAGAGUUUUUAAGUUGCCCGGUUAUUUAUUAAUUUUAUUAUUAAUGCACAAUGUUAAUUUUAUUAUCAAGUUAUCCAGAAACAAAUGUCAUUGGUUUAUAUAUAUACAGAUCAAUUAAUAGUUUAUUAAUUACUUUAAUAGUCUAACUUGUACUAUACAUUAAUUAAUCAAAAAUUUUUUUAAUUAUUUAUCACUAAAAAUAAUGAUAUUAAAAAUUAUAUACUCAUUUUAUAAAAGUCAAAAUUACUUUUGAUUUAAAAAAUAUUUUUUUUAAUUCGCACAUUUUGUUUUUAUUCGAAAAUAAUUUACUGAUAAUCGAUACACUAAAAAGUUUGCGGAUUAAAUCGAGAGUAAAUGCGGAGCGGAAGACGAAGUAUUUAUUUAAUUUCUUCGGAGUAAAAUUCACUUCGAAGGAGAGUUUAUUUUAAUAUAAAAAUACAGAACCGGAGUAAAUCCGGAUUUUUAAAAAAUUCAGGUCACUCCGCUAGAGAAAAAAACUCCAUAUUUACUCCGUAUUUUUUUUAAAACUCCGAGUGAAUCCGGAUAAAAAAAAAUCUGUAAUCACUCCCGAAUUUUUUCAGUGUAUAAACGCACAUGUAUAAAUUUUAUCCUUACAAAAAAAUGAGAAUUUUUACUAUAGAUUGUUAUCUCUAAGAUAAGAAGCCCAAUACCCGAUCACUUCUUGUUAAAAUACUACGGAUUAAAUUAUAAAAUAAUCAGAUUCAAAUUAAAAUAUUUAAUUAUUAAUGUUAAAAAUAUUAGUACUAUCAGCCGAACUCAAAGUAAAUGCAUUUAAUUUUUUUACUAAGCAAUUAAAUUUAUGACGUAGUCAGAUCUAGAUAAAGAUGUAUGACAAACACAAAUGUAUAUAUAUUAGGGUGGUCGUUAAAAAUUAAAUUUUCUCAGGCGCCCCAUAAAAAGCUUCCUUUUAGUGAAAAACUACGUGGGGAAUUUGUUUUUUUCGUUUUAAGUAAAAAGAACACGUGCCUCAGGUCAAAGUUAAUUUUUCGAUACAAUCGCGGUUUUUUUGAAAUAUCUCGUGAAAUAUGCAGAUUAAAGGAAACAAUCAUAGGAACAAUUUUGUAGGAAGUUAAAUUUUUGACACAAAAGAUCAUGUUCAUUUUUUUUAUAAAAUGUGUAUUUAUAAAGAUAUUUAAAAAAGAUAUUUUUAAAAAAAUUUUUUUAGAUCUGAUGAAUUGAGCGUUUUAAGGAUUGCAAAUUUUGAAAAUAACAUUUUUCUAAGUAUGUAGAAACUACAACAAGCAUUAAGGAUUGAUAUGUUUCGAGUUACGAAGUUGUCUAUAUUUAAGAAAAAACGUUAUUUUUGACAUUCGUAAUCCUUAAAAUGCCCAAUUGAUAAGAUCUAAAAAAGUUUUUUUUUAAAUAUCUUCAUAAAUACACGUUAUAUAACAAAAAUGAAUAUGACCUUUUUUGUCAAGAAUUUAAUUUCCUACAAAAUUGUUCCUAUAAUUUUUUCUUUUAAUCUGCAUAUUUCAUGAGAUAUUUAAAAAAAACCGCGAUUGUAUCCAAAAAUGAACUUUGAUCGUCCUGCAGCACGUGUUCUUUUUACUUAAAAAAAUUUAAUUUUUAACGACCACCCUAAUAUAUAUAUAUAUAUAUAUAUAUAUAUAUAUAUAUAUAUAUAUAUAUAUAUAUA